AUGAAAGCCAGAUUUCAAGAGGAGGUAUUCAGCGGACCUUGUGCCCUUCCAGAUAUAUUGAUUCUGUUUCUGGUGUUAUGUGAAGCAGAUUGCAUAUCGUCAGUAAUCUCACAGGCCUAUCAUUGCCCAAUCAAUGUUGGGAAAAAUUGGGGUGGAAAAACCUGCAAUGCAGAAGCUGCUGAGAGAUACACAGAAAUGACUGAGCCAUCCAUUCUGGUGACCAACUCAAAUACCAUCCAUGUUUGGUAUUUGCCAGAUGCUCUCAGCCCAAAAAGAAGGGCCAACAUAUGGAACCACCUUCAUCUUCUGAGGGAACCACUGUGGGAGAGCAUAAAGGCUUCCCCACAGGCAUGGCAGAUGGACAAGUCAUAUUUCAGUGAUAAUGCUGAGUUGAAAGGCACCAUCAACCUGUCACCCACAUGGUUUCAACAGGGUCAUGGGCCCCAAAAUGGCUUCCCAGAAGCCUCAUGGCUGCUCAAAUCCAGGACAGAAAACACUUCUACAAGGGAAUGGGUUGACCAAAUGUCUGACACCAAUGCCCUGUUAUCUGCAAUCCUGCAUGGAAGCAUUGAUCUGCCUUGGCAAACAGGCAGAACAGCAGGCAGAUUCAGAUAUGAACUCCAUGUAGAGCAGCAUGUCCAUGAUGGUGAAUCAGGCAACUUGUUACCACAGGGAUAUCAAUGGACAGGAUCCAUGGUUCAGCAUUGGAGCAUGGGAUGGCAAGCUGUAGAUGGUGACAGAGCAUGCCUGGCAUACUACAUGCAUGCCAAUGUACAUCAGUUGGUGCACAUUCCCAUGUGUCAAUCACCAUGGAUGGACAACCUACUACCUAGACCAGUUGCAACUGGAGAACUGUUGAUUUGA